AAUUAUGUGUUAUUGAUAUUUUAAAAUGUACAUACGUAAUUAUGGAGCAUACUCCAGCACCAUAUGGACCCAGAGCUGUGUAUGGGUAUGCCAUGUAUAUAGGCUCAAACAUGCUCUUUCUGUUGUAUGUGAUUUGGGCAUUAGUGCCAGAUGAGGUAUUGCAUGAUUAUUUGGGUGUGACAUACUUGCCAUCUAAAUACUGGGCAGUAGCGAUUCCCAUAUGGGCAUUAACUGCCUUAGCUACUUUUGCGUUUCUCAUUUACCCAGCUAUCAACAUGUCAAUAACUCCGGAUAUCGACGAUCUUAAAACUAUCACAGACAAACACGCUCUGCACAGGACGGAGACAACUCCUGGUGGAAUACCGCCAGUAUCCGACAUACCUAUAACUGAGGUUUGCAGGACGCUAUAUUUGAGGAACAAUAAAUCAUGAUUAUCUUUUGAAAUAA